AGAGCUGGUCAAAUAUACACUUUCACUCGAACUCAAAUUUUUGGGCGAUGUCGAGGGUAAGUACUUAAUUACGCAACUCGAUUUAUUGACGGCCCUACCUGGGACCUGUCACUUUCCUGGAAUUGGAAAUCAACCAGGGGUUAGUAGAUGAAGGAGAUUGAUGCAUCGUUGAAGUCUUCAUCUGUUCUCAUCACACCUGGUCCUGGAACCAACAGGAACAUAUCAAUCAGCACAGAUUCAUGAUUAGCUUCUUCAAGUAAAUAUUUGUUCACAACUGGGGGAACAAUUGCUCUGGAUUCACUUAAGAAAAGCUGGGCACCACAUAAGGUUUACCUGAGGGCAAUCUGGUUGGGUGCUGGAAAAGGGAAAAGCAUAACAGAUCCACCAUUACCUUUUAGAGACAAAACUAAUUAAUACCAUCAGUUGCCAUAAAAAUGUACACAAACAAAAGAAACCCUUGGGCUCAUCUCAAUCCUCCGAUUUCCUUUCUUUUCCUCCCAGCCAUCAAAUGGAUGAAGCCAAAAUUGACUCCGCUUUCUCUCGAUAAUUGCUCUUUUCUGCAUGUGGCAAAGAGGCAAGGACGAACUGCAGAGGUUUGCUGGGGUUUCUUGUCCCUUGUGCUGCUCGGACGACCAAAGGGCAUGGGGAGUUGGGGACCAUCCGAUCGGAAGAGGUACGGGGAUGGACGGGGAGGAGGAAAGCAGGUCCUGUAUGAAAAUUUUUCAAGAAAAGGAGGGUUAAGGCUCGACAGCGUCCCGACCCUUAGUUAUAUUUCCCUUCUCCAUACAACGACGUCGUUGAGGGUCCAUAUUCGCACUUUAGUCCGUAACUUUCUACCGCCUGUCACUUUAGCCCCCCUUUUCCUUCCGUAGCUCACCUUGGUCCCUGCACAAUAGGACAAGCAUUUUAAACUGUUCUCAAUUAAACGCAAAAAUUCAAU